AUGAGUGCUUCCCCGCAAACAUACUUAAUUGAUAGGAUAAUCACUUGUUUGCAAAAUGAAUUGAAUAAAUCUUGCAGUGAUGAAGAUAAUAGUAUAGUUUGGUUUAGCCCUGACUUAUGGUUAUCAUUUCCUAAUGAUGAAAUCCAAAUGUCAUUGGAAACACUCAAAAAUUUGAACGACCCAUACCCGUAUACACAUCUUAUAAUUCAAAUUCUUAACAAUCUUAACAAGUACGCCCUGGAAAAACUCACUUACAAAAAUUCGCUCUUUUUUCAAUCGCUCUUUCAUAUUACAUCCUAUUUUACGCAAAUACCAAAUGAUGUAAAUGCAAAGAUGAUAUCUACUCUUAUAAUUAGCCAUGAUUUCUUCAAUAAUAAUCAAGAUCUUUACAGAAACUGUAUAUCGCUCUUUAUCAAAACAAUUGGCCAAAAGUCUAAUUACCAAAUGGAAGCUAUUUCAAGUGUGAAAUCCAAGAUAGGAGUUCAAAAUAUUGGAAAUAUGACAAAAAUAUUGAUCGCAGCGACCGAUACCCAUGUAACUCUACUUUACCUUAUUGAGUCUAUGGAGUACAUGAUAAAUAGAUUCGAUGAAUCGAACUACGCAUACAUUUUACUUUGUCUAACUCGUGUUUUCUCAGAAAUGGCCUUGACGCAUCAAAAAGAACUUUCCAAUGCUAUACAAGUAUCAGAUAAAGAUAAGAUAAAAGACAUUUUCAACAAAUUAUAUUCGAAAUUAGGUAAGUCCGAGAGAUCCGUCUCUGUUUUAUCUUUCCUCAUCAUGUUCAUUCUCUACGGAAAUCCAUCGAUCGACAAGAAAGAACUUGAAACGUAUAAAAAGAUUAUUUCAUUAUUCAAAAAGCUGGAAAAGUCAAAAUUCCUUGAUUCCUUGUUUUUAGGUACAUAUCUGAUCUCAUUGACCUAUUUCGUUGUUGGAGAAUCUUCUUACAGUGCUCAUUUAGAUUUAAUUAAAAUUGCAGUGAAUCAAUUCAUUAAAUCAUGCACAAGUAAGCUUGUUGCUGAUAAAUUCCCCAACUACAUGCAUAUUUUCGGUGCUUUGGAGUACCAACUCGUUCAAAAUCCGAAAAUUAUUGAAUCAGAAAAUCUUUUCAUAAAAGUGUCAAAUUCCAUCAUUUCCCGUUUUUCAACAUCGAAGUAUUUGACACAAUACAAGAGCAACUACAGGAAUAUCAUCUUCGCGACACUAUCCGGUAUCUUGAAUGUCUCAGAAGAAGAUUUGGAUCAACAACCGCAAAAUAAUUCAAAAGAAAGUGACAGUGAACGUUGUGUGUCAAUUUUCUUAUCGUUGAACGAUAUAAAUUUUGAACUAAAUUGUCAGAAGAUUGAUGGUAUUCAUGAGAAGAAAGAUGCUACGAAAGAGAUGGCUUUAUUCUUCGAAAUUUUCGAGAACACGACGAAUAUUUUGAAUUUCAUUUCUUUGUUCUUGAAAGUUUACAAAAAUUACCCAGAAAAAGUUGGUCCAAAAUUGUCACUUUUCACCAGAAAUCUUUUUAUUCCAUGGAAGAAUUAUUUCGAUAUUUUCGAGACGAUGAGAGAAAAAGAGAUUUCUUCAUUUUUAUAUAAUGUUUCUCAGAACUUUUUAUCGGUUUUUCCAACGAUUAAUUUGUCACAUUUUCCAAAUUGUGAGAACAUACAAAUUAUUUACCAAGAAUUCCUUAAUUUCUGUUUAGUUAUAUGCACAAGGGUUAUUAAGAACAAUAGUGUGUUUUAUCCAUUAAUUCAAUCAAUAACUGAUACGAAACUGAUUGAAACAGCCAUUUUCUCAUCAAUCUCAAAGAAAUGGUUGGAAAAAGUGAAUUAUUUGAUAAAUAAAAUAACGGUUUUGGUUUACAAUGACGAAAAAACUGUUAUUCAACCUUCAGAACAAACUUGGAAAGAACUUGUCAAAAUUCCUUUCAAAUUUGACGUUGUUUUGCCAACGGUUUUGUCAUCUGUCAUGUCAAUGUUAAGUUUCACGAAUACAUUCAUUGAUGAGUUCAGGUUGAAGUUCACUAACUUAGCUUUUUCUGAGAAUUCUGUUGCUUUAGAUUAUUUACAAAGUCCUGCAAAAA